GUAUCCCUUUCAGUGCUUGAAAUUCCUUGCUAAAAAAUACAAUUCAUGUAAAUUAUGAAUCAUCUAUUUAGAGCAAACUUCAGUGUCUGAGAUAAAAAAGAACAUUAUCGACCAAUUGUCUUGCUGGAAGGACCAAACGGACAUGCAAUAUAAGAGGUAUAACUCUGAUCAGACCGGUGAAGGUAACGUCUACAGAUUCAGGAGCUGCAAUGAACUCAGAAAUGUCAACAAUGAUAUUAAAGGUGAGAGAGCCAAUAUAUAUAUUAUAUUUACAUAGUCUGAAAAGAUACGUGUCCAUCAAGUUCAGCCUUGCCCAUAUCUGACAACGGCGUGGAUUUGAGGUUCCGUUUUAGCAAUAUAUGAGGACAGACAGCAGGACAUGGUAUACACCCGAGGAAGACUGGUUGGUCGAAACGAGUUGUGUGGAUUACCUGCUGAUUUAUUUGAAUGUAUUAUCUAUUGCAGUAUUUGUCCAAAAGAAAAAUUAAAAACAAGUAGAAAAGGCGCUAUAUACACUUAUAUAAAGCGUAAUAUUACUUUUAAAACAACACAUUUCCCUGGGGCUAAUUUCACAAAGUAGGUACCUUGCAGAAUCUGGGGAGAUAUAUAGACUUUAUCCAGCACAAUUCCUUGCUUUCUGUCACACUACACAGAUGGAAUACCAGCUACUAGAAGUCAUCAACGUUUUCUAUAAUUCUAAUAUGAAAUGGACUAUCAGGCCUACCAGGACAUCUCUAGGAGGACAUAAUGAAACCUUACAAAGACACAAUGACCAUAACACAUUAGUUUAAUAAUGAAAAUAGAUAACGGUGGCAGACCCCUUCACCACUAGGAGGAUUGGGGAGCUGUACCACACAAAGACUGCCCACACCCCUUGGAAGAACAAACUCCUGGCGCUCAGAUGAAUAUUAGCUAAUGGAUCAUAGUUAUUUUGCCCCUUAGUUCUCACUCUCAGAAGGGCCAUACUCGUUUUUUUUCAUAGCAAAUCACUGUAAAAUGUAUCCAGUUGUAGUUUCUCAGAGAUGGAUGACUGAUGUUCUUAAAUACCACUUAAGCAUAAAGUAUCCUCCCAUAUUGUAUGUUACCUAUAAUUGUACUCUUACGUUUUCACCUAUAUUGAUAAAGUUGUGUACUGCUUAUACAAACUCAAUAAACUACAAAAAAGUUAAAACAAAUAUAGGCACAAUAGGCAUCCUCAGCUGACAGCAUAGAGAAUCCUGCAGAACACAGCCAGGUUUCAUUCUUAUGUUGCCCAAUUCCUUCGGUAGAUUGAAACAAACUGGCAACAUAAAAGAUUUAUUACCUAUCUAUAUUGAGUAUUAAAACCUCAAUGUCUGUAAUAAAGUAAAAUGAAAUAUAAGUGAUUCACCCCUUAUGUUACUAAAAUCACAACACCAAAAAAACAAAUCCUGUUCAGUUAGCCAACCAACAUUUUAGGAUAACAAUCAACAUGUUCUGUAUUGCCAAAACACCUUAUUGUCCAACUCCAUGAGACACCUGGCUCAAAGAGGACACAGCACACCUCUUCUUCACAGGUGAUAUCUAAUGGAAGAAGUUAACCAUAGCCAGCUCAAGCUGAUGAUCAUACCACACAAAGUCGGCCACUAUCAUGCCAAGGCCAUAAUGGACACCAAAAUGCUUCAAGUGAUUAAAGGGAAGGUAAAUAGGAGACCCAUGUUCUAUUAUAUCAAACACAACAAUCAUAAAGGAUUUAGAAAAAGGUACAGAUUUGCACUAAAAAGUUCCCUUGUCUUGAAGGUAAAAAAAAUAAUAAAAUUAGGGGCAUUAUGGAAUCCAUUCCAUAAUGUUGUACAGUUAUCAUUUACCUGUCAAAGACUUCUUAAUAAAAAUAGAAGGACCAGAAAACCAAGACUUCUGUCAAUCACAGGUUUAUUGGAGAAAUGUUAACCAGGUAGUAUCAGGUGACAUAGAUCAGUUAACCUCCAUAGUGGUAAUCUGGAUACUAGAGAAAUACAAAAGCAUGACCCACUUAGGUUGCCAAAGACCCACAAAAUUACACAAUGUGGUGUACAUGAGCAAUGCAGCAGCUUGUCCAAAGUUGAAUCCUGUACUUAAAUCUCAAUCACAAAAGUUAUUAUUAUUAUUAAAAUAAAAUAUUAUAGGCCAAUAAGUGUUGGUAAUCCAUGUAAGGACUAUAAUACAUAUUAAUAAACUAACAGCAAUUUUGAGCUACAUUAUUUUAAGAAUUUACAGCUAUUUAAAAUUACACUGCUUUCCAUUGACUUGUUGGUUUGAAAGAUUUUAUGUCCAUGCAGUGUAAAUUUAAGCUAAAUCCAAUUUAAACUCAUCGUGGCACAUCUGAGCCAUUAAUUGGCUUGUUAUUAGUAAAAUUGUUUUUGCAUGAAUUUUUCAGAUGGGGUUUAUACUCUGACCACUGAACAUGGAAUGACCUACCAGACAUUUUGUGACAUGACCACUAAUGGUGGAGGUUGGACUUUGGUGGCCAGUAUUCAUGAGAACAACAUAAAUGGCAAGUGCACAUUUGGUGAUCGAUGGUCCAGUCAGCAGGGGAAUGAUCCCAACAACCCAGAGGGUGAAGGAAACUGGGCCAACUAUGCCACUUUUGGGACACCUGAAGGAGCCACAAGUGAUGACUAUAAGGUAUAAUAUGAUACAGAUCAAAAUUGUUUCAAUAUUUUUAAAUACUUGGUUUAGUCAUGAUAUAUUAGUUAAUGACAAAUAUUGAUCAAAACUGAUAGCAAUUUUAGCAUUCAAAAUUGGGGGAGAAUAUUGUGGAAUCGUGAACAUUCGAGUACUAUAUGAACGUUCUUGUGAGGUUUCUCAGCUUGCAUGAAUAUAAAUAAAAAGCUCAUAUAUGAACCAAUGGAGGUAUUUGGUUUUUUUGCACCAGAACAGCACACUAUGUUAUUUAAUUAUGCAUUCUAAAAACCUUUAUGUAUUCAUUUUUUAGAAUCCUGGAUAUUAUGAUAUUAGUGCUAAAGAUGUGAGUGUGUGGCAUGUUCCCAACAACACACCACUGCCUUAUUGGAGAAAUGCAUCAAUCCAAAGAUACAGGACAGACACUGGCUUUUUAGAACAAGAAGGAACGAACCUCUUUCAUUUGUAUAAGGUGUGGAUUUUCAGAUAUAUAUGUACACCGUAUGUAUGAAACAGCAGAAACAUAAACUAUAAUUAAAGCAUGUCUCACUUUUUAAGAAAUCUUGUUAAAUCGAUACUCCAACCACCAUGACUACUUCUGCUUUUCGAUGGUAGGAACCUGUUGCUGUGCUGUGUUUCUGCUGUAAACAUUGCACAUCCAGAGUUAUUUGCAAUUGUGUGCCGUGGGCUAGUUACAACCCAGUACACGUGACUUAAUCGGCCUGCAAUUCUGUUCAGGACUGCCUAAUGUCAAUUCUGUGCAUAUUUUAAGUUUGUUGUCAGUGUGUACUGCAUGCUGGUGACAGAAGUUAUGUGCUUCUUCCUUGGAGUUAAACAAACUCCAUAACUGCAGCAAUUUCUCCUCCCUACCCCUCUGCUAAUUUCUUUUUCUCCUUUUUUUUCUCCUGCCGUACCUUCCUCCUCCUUUCCUUCCCCACACUUGCUCAGCAUGCAUACAUUAAAUGGUGCAAUCAAAGGCUAUUUAUGAGAAGCCUUUGAUUGGUUGAUUGGCACUGAAUUAAGGUAAGUAAAAAUUAUUUUUAAACUGUUAGGGGGAUCCUAAAUCAUCUUGGAGAGAGGGGACCAAAAGGAUAAUAGUCAAUAGGGCACUAUUCAGAGAAAAAAAGGUUGGAGUAACUCUUUAUAAUUUACAGGCAAAUCUAAAAUGUGUCAGUAAUAUUUGAACAUAUUUUAUAUUCACUGCUUACUCUAGCCUUUCCAACACUAAUGCUCGUAGGCAGGGCUGACGCAAGCAUGGCACAACAUUGGCAGCUGCCUUAGAGCGCACCGUCCAGGGGGGACACAAUGUUUGGGCAAAGCGCACAGCCCUUCUCUCCUGCCAGGAAAUUGUAGUGUUGCUGAGCUCACCACGGUGGAAGAUCUUCUGUAUCCCUUAUCAGUCUGACAGGAUGUGCUUGCUAAGCGCAACGAAGAGCUACAGGAUACAGAAAAUCCUCUACAAUGGUCUGCUACAAAAUGAAGUUAAGCCGGAGGAAAGGGGGAAAAGACCACAAAGGAAUGGGGGAGAACACACAAGAGGAGCAGAGGAAGGAGAAAAAAAAAUACAUGUACAGGGGAAUGUGAGAAAAAGACACACAAAGGCAGUGGUGGAACUGCCGCCGGUGCGGUUGCAUCAGGGGCCCGCACGCCUUGGGAGGCCCAUGCAAGGGCCACCCAAUGGGUAUUAUUGGUAAACAGGAGCCCGGUUGGGCGUCACAGCCCUUUAAGAGCCUGACGGGGCCCAUGCAGUGUAGGUGAUACUUGGAGGAAUCCAGACAGGUCGCCCCCCUCGGCAGGUAUCAGCAGCCUGGUCGGGUACUGCGGCCUGAUGACAGUGUGACUAGGCCCCUUUUAUGUUUGCACAGAGUGCUGGGAGGAAGUGAUUAUCUGUCAUUUCCUCCCAGCCUACAGACCACGCAGGCUUGGGUACACGGAGGAGGCACAGAGAGGGAGGAGGGGGCUCUGCAGGCAGUCAGCUGCAGACUCCCAUCAGCGGCAGCCAGUCCCAUGAAGUCACAGAGGGGAUUGGGAAGGGGAAAAGAGACACAGAGGGGAUUGGGGAGGGGAAAAGAGAUAGGCUGAGCGGGAGAAAGACACACAAAGGUGCUGAGGGAAAGGAAGUAAGACAAGUUAGUGGUAAGAACACAAAUGGAGAAAAUGGGGAAUAAAAUACAUUUGAGUGGUGUAAGACACAAGAGGUUAUAAGAAAUACAAAAGAGGUAAUAAUUUCAAGAAGUGGGUUAAGACACACAUAGGUAAAGAUGCAUUAUUUUGGUGGGGGGUGCAAAAUGUUUGAGGGGUGCAAAAACGUUUACUGGUGCAGGCUUCUAAAUUGGACAUUCUUUAAUCAUUUGUUCGUUAGAAAUACCCAGUGAAAUACAAUGCUGGAACCUGCCCUCAAAAUAACGGUCCAGCUAUACCUAUUGUAUAUGACUUCGGAGAUACUGAAAAGACAACCAACUUCUAUUCACCAAGUGGCAGAGGUAAGAGGCGUUAACUUUGCUCAAUUUAAAAAUAACUUGCAACAUAUGAGAACACAAUAAAAUAUAAUAAACACCUUUGGUGGGAAUGUCCACUACUGAUUCCAUACUGGUUGUACGUUCACAUGCUAGUAAAAAUAAACAUCCCACUGACUUCUGAAAUCUGAUCCUCAUUAAUUAAAAUAUAUAAUCUAAGCACCAUAACUACAACUAUUUAUGAGUGUCAUAUGCAAAGUUUCAGAUUUGUACAGGUCAAAGGUUACAUUCCAUUCUCCGGUGUUAGGAGUCCCUGGAUACCCUCCCAUGGUAAAUAGUCAAACCAUUUUUGAACAGUGUGACUUUUACCAAAGUCCUCUUUGUGCCUCAUCUUCAGAUUUAGCGAACAUGGACAUUCCUAUUUCUUCAUUAGUAACAUGAAUUCCACCUGUCUCUCAGGAGCUGGUCAGCCAAUGGGUAGCAUCCAGAUAGGGAGGAAAUUAAUAUAGCUAUUGAGGAAGGGGAAUGUAUAUUCUUUUACAUGGUACUUUUUUUUAGCAGGGCUUUCUUCACCUACUGUUCCAGUAUGUCAAUCAUGUUUUGUAAGAAUUUAGUGUGUGUCUCGUUUACUUAUUUACAGCAUUGCAGAUUAUGCUGGUGCUAUAAACAUAAUUGGAAUGGUAAUUAUCGAUGAAGAGGGGUUGGAAACAAGGAACCUAGGUGAUCUGGGUACAGUCAAACUAAAAUUACUUAACUACUUGCUGUGGCGGGACAGAGCCAAUGGACCUUUGCACCAAAACCACUAGAGUAGGCUGUAGUGGUUAUAGUGCCCAGACUGAUCCUAGUUUGAGCCUAGACAAUGAUCACUAUGGAAAACAAUAGUCCAUUUUCAUAAAUGGCUGCAUUAUUUACUUUAGCAAUAACAUUUUGCAUUUUUUUUUAUUAUUCACAAUUAACAGUUUUUGUGUUAUAUUCAUGACACUCCACAGGACAGUUUAUUGCUGGUUUUAUUCAAUUUCGUGUCUUUAACCAUGAAAGUUCAGUCCAAGCACUUUGUCCUGGAAUGAAAGUUAUAGGAUGUGAUUCGGAACAUGUGAGUAUCUUGUAAAGUUAUGUUGUUUUAAUAGUGUGCAACAACACUUAUCUAAUUAAAACAGAAAUAUCACUGAGAUGUAUGCAUUUACCACUAGUGAAAUAUAGAUUGUGAUUCAUUAAUGAAUUAAUUUUUUAACUGGGACUGGUUAAGAUGUGUCAGAUAUUUUUGGCCACGACAGCUCACUACAGUGCUGGGCCAGUACUUUAUGCAAGUCUGAGUUAAAAAGUUCCCUGCUGGAAACCAGAACAGUUCUUAGCUUAUGGAGGACACUAUCAACCCUUAAUGCUGGACACUAUAAUUUUAUUGUAUUUUGACUACUUGUAUAUACUUUUAUCAAUGUAUCUUUAAUCUCCAUUUCUUUGUCACUUUAACAUACCUGGGCGUGCUUGUUUUUUUAUGUGUGUGUGUGUGUGUGUGUGUGUGUGUGUGUGUGUAUAUAUAUAUACACACACAGUUGUGGGUGUGAAUGUGUACUUGUUUAUUUAAUCAUAUAUUUUACUUUGUCUUGCCCUGCAUGCUAAAGCUAGCUUUUCCUAGCCCCACUCAACAUUGUCGGCUUGUUAACUUAAAUGUUAUUCACCUAUCUGCUUAUCUCUAAAUAAUUUUAGACCGUUCUUGUUGCCUGCCCACCCCAAGCUCUUCAUUCAAUUUUUUAGAUGGAAUCUCACAUACAAUUUUAGUUAAUUAGAUAUUACAGCUGCAAACACUACGUGCAAUCAGAACACUCCUACUCUUCUUUAACCACUAACACUCAGUCCUCAGUCUCCUUACUUCUGCCUAUUCUGCUUUUCUCAAAGUACUUACUCAUCUGAGCAAUGCUCUAUCUUCUCCUCUUUUCCUUUUCUCUCAUCUCCCUCAGCAUCAAAAUAUCUCCUUACAUCCACUUUCCUCAACAACACAAUUACAUCCACAUUAAUCCAUCUCUGCUACACUCCCCCCUUCUCUCAUCUCAUGCCCUGCACUCAUUUCUCUAUUCUUUCUCUCCUGCUCCCACCCAAUCUCAUCCUAUACCCCGCCCAUAUAAAACCUAUUCACACCUUCUGUCACUAUCUCUCCUCCUACUUCUAGCAGCUGGUGACGUCUCUCCCAACCCAGGGCCCUUCACCUCGUCUGCUCACACUAAAACAACUAGAAACCACACAAACCUCAUCCAAAUACCUUGCAGUUUAUCCUCCUCUACCAACAUUCAGUGUGCACUCUGGAACCUGUUCCAUCUGUAGCAAUAUUAAAUCAACAGCCAUACACAACCUCUUCGUCUCUAAUUCCCUCACACUACUAGCACUCACCGAGACCUGGCCUUGCCCCUCUGAUACUGCUACCCCAGCUUCUUUAUGUUUUGGUGGACUACAAUUCUCCCACACUUCCAGACACAACUGUAAAGGAGACGGUGUAGGUAUCCUUCUCUCCCCUCAAUGUACCUUCCAGUCUAUCCUCCCUGCCCUAUCCUUUACUUCCUUCACACUGUCCAUCUAUUUAAACCCACUACUUUAGGAAUUGCCAUCAUCUAUCGCCCAACCUAGGCUAUUUAGUGAACACUUUUCUUCCUCGCUACCCCACUUUCUCUCCUCUAGCACUCCUUCCCUCAUACUUGGGGAGUUUAACAUCCCAGUCAACAACCUCAACUGCCCUGAUGCCUCCCGUCUGCCCUCUGUAACUUCCUACUUCUGUCUCACACAGUGGUGUACUUCAGCAACUCAUACAGCAGGAAACACUAUUGACCUCAUCUUCACCAAUCUCUGUACCACCUCUUAUCUUUCCAAUGUUCCUUUAUCUGACCACCAGCUGCUGACCUUUGACAUCGGCAUACCCCGUACCCAAAUUUCACCACCCUCAACUUUCCAAUCUCGCAGAAACCUCCACUGCCUUGAUCUCCAGCAUUUCUCCACCAAACUUAAAACUCUCCUUUUACCCAUCUCAAAUCUCACUUGCCCUAACUCUGCAAACUCACUCUAGAACUCCAUUCUCUCCUCUCAACAAGACAUCAUGGCACCUCCUACAUUUAAACGCAGCAAGCGUUCCCAUUUACAACCCUGGCACACCAAGCUGACCCGAUAUCUCACAAAAUGUUCCAGAACUGCUGGACGCUGUUGGAGAAAGUCUAACUCUGCACCUGAGUUCCUUCACUAUACUUUUAUGCUGAGCUUCUACACUCUGGCUCUUUCCUCUGCAAAAGUAAAUUACUUCAACACCCCCAUAAGUACACUGUACCGCCAACCCAAAUGCUUAUUUCACACUUUUAAUGCACUCCUUCACCCUGUUGCUCCCCUCCACCCUGUCCGCCUCAAACUUUGCAGCUCACUUCACUGAGAAGAUAUCUCCCAUUAAGGAAGAGAUCUCUAACCUCUCUCCCUCCCCUUCCAAUACAUCUUCCAAUAUAUCACCCAACCAUAUUCACUCCACUCACUGUUCUAUGCUCAUUCUCACCUACUACAAUGGAAGAGGUUUCUGCUCUGCUCUGGUCCUCCCGCCCCCACCACCUGUUCCUUCGAUCCUAUUCCUUCAUAUCUCAUCCGCACUCUGUCUCCCUCUCUUGCUCUUCCUUUCACUGAAAUUUUCAAUCUCUCCCUUUCCUCCGGCACAUUUUAUUCACCCUUCAAGCAUGCAACGAUAACGCUGAUUCUGAAAAAGCCCAACCUUGACCCCAACCAACUACUGCCCUAUAUCGCUACUGCCAUUUGCCUCCAAUAUCCUUGAGAGAGUUGUGUAUGCAAGAUUGACAGGCUUCCUCAAAUCCAACUCUCUGCAUGACCUGCUUCAUUCUGGAUUCCGUGCUUGUCACUCUGUUGAAACAACUGUGACCAAAGUAUCCAACAAUUUAAUUGCUGCUUAAUCUCGCAGCCAUUACUCUAUUCUAAUUCUCCUUGAUCUUUCUGCUGCUUUUUCUCCCCAACCCCUCUCUGUUGGUGUUCCCCAAGGGUCUGUCCUUGGUCCCCUACUGUUCUCUAUCUUUACUGCUCCCUUGGUAAACUCAUCAGCUCCUUUCGCUUAUAUUAUCAUUUAUUUGCAGAUGAAACGCAAAUCUACCUGUCCUGAUCUCUCUCCGCCCAUCUUGACUCGUGUCUCUGACUACCUCGCAAUUUCCAACUGGAUGGCUGCUCACUUCCUUAAACUCAACCUGUCCAACACAGAAAGUCUGGUCUUUACAUUGGCUUCCAGUUAAAUAUAGGGCUCAAUUUAAGAUUCUGGUGCUUGCUUACAAGUCCCUACAUAAUGCUGCUCCAACCUACCUAUCCUCCCUAAUACACAAGUAAGUCCCGUUGAGGCCCCUGAGCUCUUCCGAAGACCUGCGUCUAUCCUCUGUCCGUACUCCCACAUCUGAUGCUUGCCUCCAAGACUUCUCCAGGGCUGCACCUUUUCUGUGGAACUUCCUUUCCUCCUCCAUUAGACUUUCACCCAGUCUCCACUCCUUCGAAAAGUCUUUGAAAACACACUUCUUCAGGAAAGCAUAUCACUUAAACUGUUAGCGGGUUUCAUUCCCAUCCUCCCCCCACCCACACCUUCUACAUGACUCCUCUCCUGCAACUGUCAAAAAUAACCUAGGUUUUCAGUGAAUGCUUCUCUAGCAACCUAUUAUAUUACCCAUACUUAUACCCUUUGUGCCACUGUACCCCACUCCCUCUAGCAUGUAAGCUUAUUGAGCAGGGCCCUCAACCCCUCUGUUCCUUGUCGUCCAUUUGUCUGGUUACAAUCAUGUAUCUGUUAGUCCACCCAUUAUACAGCGCUACGGAAUCUACUGGCACUAUAUAAAUAAUAAAAUAAUAAUAAUAACUACAUAAGCUACAAAUUCCUAGGAUUUGCAGCCAGUGUAGGAACUUAAUUUAUCUUCUUGAAUAUAUGAAAGUUUAUAGUUUGUUGCCAUGUUUCUGAUAGUGUGGUUAAUAAAUCCUAACAUCAAGUUUACUUUAAGGCUGUGUUCUAUAAACAAACUUACAGCCCUUACCACUACCAAUGUAUUAUGCCACAAUGUAUCACAGUCUUCUUUCUCUAACUAUGGCAUCCACCAUUCAUUUUAACUAUAUUUGUCCUUUGGUGUUUUUUCAGCAUUGUGUUGGAGGAGGAGGAUAUAUUGUACUAAUUAGACAAUGUGGAGACUUCAACUCAUUGGAUUGGGAUGGUUAUGGGACACACACAGGAUGGAGCUCAAGCAAAGAAAUUACAGACGCAGCUAUACUGCUCUUUUACCGUUAAUACAAAAAGAAAAAAAACGUGACUCAAUGAAUGAAACUGAUCACAUGCGAAUAAAUUAACAGUGAGGUUUAAUAUAUGUUACUGUCUCACGCGCAGAGCAUCAAUGCACUUGUAUUUAUUGGUCAUUAAAUAUGAGUACUGGUACCCCUGUCUAGAAAAUACCAAACUUACAUUUCCCAGACAUCCCCUAACCAACUUGCGUAGACAGGCUGUCUCUGUCUCAUCUGUCUCUAUUUUACAUUAAUAGUCACCCUGGCAAACCCUUGUUUCUCCAUAUCUAUUCCACAUGAUCACAUUCUAGCUUCUCCAGAAUAUUUACUGGGGCUUUAAAAGGACACACCAGGCACUAUUACCAUAUUAUAUAACUGAAGCCUAGUGUACAAUGGUGCCAUCAGUGGCUGCCCACAGCACAGCCCUCACUAGAGAUGUAGCUAAGAAGGACAUUGCAUCCCACCUUAGCCAUACCAAUGUAUGCCAGUAAUAGGCAGCUGUGAUAGGCUGAGAGUGACCCAAUUCAGCUUUAAACUAUUCAAAAUAGCUUAACAAUGAAUGGAGGCAUGACACCAGUGUCCUCCAGGCACCAUAACUACUUCCAUAAGAUAAAAUGGUUACACUGCCUAAAGCCUUCUACCGAUUGGCACACGAGAGCAUCCAUUGCUAUUAUGAUAACAUAAAAGGGCCCCUAAUCUGUGUUUAUUCUGCAGACAUAGACGAUGCUUGCCAUGGGCAAUGGUAGGUUGUAAUCACUAGAUGAAGGCAUCUAUAAUUAAUACCCAUUACAGUUUCUGGCUUUGCUGGAUGAGCAGGCUGGAGACAUAGAGAAAAUAGGAGAUACAAUGUGGAAAACAAUUGAAUUCCUUAUUAAAGAAAAAAAAAAGCUAAAUGGAUAAUUAGUUGAACAUUUUGUGAACAGAGCCACAUUGUUCUGAUGCCGACAUGAAGUUGGAUGAAUUCCCCUGGUCUUAUCUGCUGCAUGGUGUGUUCCUGAGAUCCUACAUGUUCACUCUCCUCCUUACCUGUGGGAUCGAAAAUGCAGUGGACUGGUGGGAAUUAUAAAGAGUUCUCUAACAUCUCUGCAUGACUCCUAGAAAGAAAACAAAAGGAUAUUUCUUGACGUAGCGAACAUUCAGCGCUACUUGUUGAUUUAAAAAUGGAUCCUACAUAAGAUGAUAAGUAGGAACAUUUUGUACAUCAAAAGCCAAUUGGACUUGCACUAUGAUAGUGUUACUGCCCCAAUGGGGUUGACCAUUCAUCCGGUGU